AUGCUGCUCGUGCGCGAAUGCACGGCAAAGCUAUUGCAGUAUGUGAAAGACCCCAUGCUGUAUCUCUCCACAGACGGCUCGACAAUACACCUGAGAAAAGACGAGCAAACUGUGAAAAUCAGACAUCGGAAAAUCUACAUGCGUAUGAACUCCGAGUAUUACUCAAUAGGAGUCGAGCCAGAUGAAACACGAAUAUUUGUGAAAAAAGAAACCGCGCCAGUGUAUCUCCUUAGGUCCGUGACCACCCACAACGAAGAGUACUUGCCUUUCCACGGCAAGCCGCUAGAAAAUACGCCCCCCGAGUAUCCCCCAUACGAAAAACAUCCAACCUACCACACAGAGUACCACUACCACACUGCUCCCCCUGCAAACACAGCUUCGCACAUGAGAAUAGACGAGAAAAUUGUGUACGAGCCAAAGCCCCCGCCGUACACCCCGUAUCCUCGGGGCCCUCCGUACAAAAGCCCGGAGAAGUUUGGAGGCGAUGCGCGGUACAGCAGCCCGCACGUCGACCGGCCGUUUUCUGAACCCCCUCCAUACGAAGAGCCUGCGUACAGCAGAGAGCCUGGGUACUCCCGAGCGCUGCCUCCUGAGUACAGGUACCCUCCCGUAUACAGCCCCUCAGAAGAGCCUGCCCCGCAAGCAUACAGGCCGUAUGCGGACAAGCCAAGGUUUGACACGGGUAUUCCUCCACCCGCGCGCCCUAGGUAUACCCCGCCCCCUGCAUAUGCGCCUCCUGCGAGCAAAAGGCCCUCGCGCCCUCCUGUAGCAAGCGAAAUAGAAAGCGACACGGGCGCAAGCAGCAGCCCAUUCGACAUUAAAAUAGUAGAGGACGGAAAUAAAAUAAUACACCUCGCAAGAGAAGGGAACAGCCACUGCCUAAACUACAUAGACGGCCAGUUUCUAUUCAAGCCCUGCCACCACGAAAAAGACAUAAUUAGGUUUCGCGUGCUUGAAAGAGACAGCUAUAAAGACACACCUGCCCGCAAAACAAGUGACAUUUCUGAUGAUGUCCUUGCUCCUAUGGGUGAGCGCCCCGAAGAGAAAAAAUAUGCGCCCUUCUCUGCCUCUCCCCAUAGAAAGCCCAUGCCCCGCACGCCAAUAAAGUACAAAAGGCCUCGGCCAGUCAGCAUGCCCAGGAUCGGGCGCAUGCCUGCUCAAAGCUGGUACGCCGACGCGCCAGACGCUUCUAGCUUUUUGCCCGACGAGAGCACGCACUUGAAAUAUAUGGAAAGGGAAGAUAGGAUGCGCCCGCGCUAUAUGGAAGAGGACGACAGCUCCAGAAUAAUCAGCCCUUCCGAGUAUGCUCCCCGAAUAGAUCUGGGCACAAUGACUCUUCCAAACUACUCGCACAGGCCCGACCAUCUAUACAACAGCAUAAAGAACAACCUAAAAGACAUGGAAACCGCGAUGAAUACGACUGGAGUUCUAAAAGUGCCGCGGUAUGGGUUUUCCUCGUACAGCUCUAAGCCCGCAGUGAAGGAGCCUGCAAAGGUAGAGUUCUCGCAAGACGAAGAGGAAAUGAUCGAAAAGGAGCUACAGAAGUGGAAUGAAAGAAGAAGGAGGGCUCGAAGAAAGAAACACGAGUCUUUUUUGGAGAAAGACUACCACAAGCUGGAUAGGGCAGCGCGGCGCCUAGAAAGACGGCACAAGAAGCAGACACGUCUGGAGUUUCCAGAGGACAGCGACAGCCACGGCGCCGAGUCUGAAAGCGAAGACCAUGCCUACUCUAGCGCAGAAGACAAAUACAGAAAGAAGUCUUAUACUCUGCACCAAAGCGCGCCCGUGCAGAAGAAGUACAACCACUACAACUCACAAAAAGGAAAGUAUGGUGGAAGGUAUGACAGAUACAACAAACAUUUGAAAAUAGACCCUAUAGAAACACAUGCUCACAUGGAAAAGCUAGACUCUAUGGAGGAGCUUGAAGGACUUACGGAAUUUAAGGAGAUGAAGAGCAGCCCACUCGAGCUCACGCCUUAUACAAGCGUCGGCGGGCCUUUGGCUCCUUCUGUCCACUCUAUUCCCCCUGCGAAGCCGAUGCACAUCUUCACACAUCCCCCGUCUGUUAAAAGCGAGCUUCUGUCUCACAUUGAGAACGCACACUCAGAAGGCCACGCCUUCCAUCCCGAAUUGCCAAAGGCCGUGCAUAUGCCUCUUUCUGUCCAGCAUGUAAUGCAGCCACCAAAGCCCAUAGUUAUCCCACAGGUCCAAAAAGUUCACCCAGUGAUUCCAAUAGCGCCUGUGGUGCACAUGCUCCAUCCUGUGAAGCCUGUGAGCUUAAAAGUAAACAGCCUGCACCCCAGCAUAAGCACGCACACCUUGCCUAGAAUCGCCCCCUCGUAUAUGUCUCCUGUGAUGUCAAGCAACCUAGUAGAUAGCAGCCUGUCUUCUCCCAUUACCAACAAAACCAGCUUUAACAUUUUAGACUAUGCAAACAAGAAGCCAGAAAAAGCUCUUGCUGUCCCUGCGCCUGCAAAGCCCAUCGUGAAGGCUAUAGCCAGCGCGCCAGCCAAGAAAGAGAGCACGCCCAAAAACAUUCUUGGAGCCUCUGGCUUGGGAAGCGCCUUGGGAAGCGCCUUGGGAAGCAAUCUUCUAAGCUCAAACCCGUUUACUGCCCACAGCAGCCUGCUGGACAGCACACUGCCAGACAUGUCUGCGUCGCUGAGCAACUCUCUGGGCGCGUCGCUGGGCGCCUCUCUAAGCAACCCACUGGGCUCGCCCUCCGCAAUAGGCGCGCCUUCUCUGACAAAUCCGUUUGGCCUUCCAGAUAGCUUGGCAGGGGGGAUUGGAAGCGGAGGCCCCGCCCCACUAAUGGCCAGCACACUCAAUUCCAUGCCUCCACAGCCUGCGCCCACGCCGCUGGGCGGACUGCAGCCACCAUUUACAGGAAGCCCAGCCUCCCCUGGAGGCGCUUCGCUUUCUAACAGCAUUAAUAUGAAUGAUUUAGGAAGCAUGCUUGGAGACAGCAUGAAUGACCCCAUCACCAAAUCUUUGUCAGACUCUCUAAAUAAAACCUUGAAAAGUGCAAAGGAGCCCAGCUCUAUAAAGCCGCCCGGCACUGGUUUGGAAAUAGGCAGUGCCUUUGGCGCCCUAGCAAAAAGCAGCGGCCUUCUGAAGCCUGAAGGCCCUGAGAGUAACUCCUUUGACCUCCUUAAAAGCAACCUUUCUAGCAUUUUCGAGGAUAGCCAAGGUAACGGCGCUGCCAAUCCAAAAGAAGGUCUUUCUUCGAAAAACAAAAACAGCCUUCCAAACAGCCCAGUGAACAUGGGAGCCAAAGAAGCCUCCGCCGAAAAGCCCAAAGGCCAGGAAACCGCAGUCGCAUAUGAAAACCUUCUUAGCCUUUUAUCGUAA